CAAAAUUUUUCUUUAUUUUGAGAAAGUUAAAGACAUACCAUUUGGAAACAAGCAAGGGAAGGCCAUAGCAGAAGUGGUGCGAGAAUCUUUGCUUUUGUUUGGUUUCGUUUUCGCUUUCUAAUUUUUAUCUGAAAAUGGGAAGAGAAAGGAAAGACAUGAUCACUGAGGUGAGGAAAAAGAGUAAGGGGUCUGUACGAUCCAUUUUCAUGCAUGCAGACGGUGUAGAUAUGUUUUGGAUGGCCUUGGGGUUCAUCGGAGCCGUUGGUGAUGGCUUUACUACACCUUUGGUGCUGUAUGUGACUAGUAAAUUGAUGAACAAUGUCGGCAAUGCUUCAACUACCGGCGUAGAUGUCUUCACCAAUAACAUGAACAAGAAUGCAGUGAUGUUGCUGUACUUGGCUUGUGGACAAUGGCUUGCUUGUUUCCUAGAGGGAUUUUGCUGGACAAGAACAGGUGCAAGGCUAGCAACAAGAAUGAGAGCAAGAUAUUUGAAAGCAGUGUUGAGACAAGAUGUGGGCUACUUUGAUUUGCAUGUCACCAGCACGGCAGAAGCCAUCACAAGCGUCUCUAAUGAUAGUCUCGUGAUUCAAGAAGUUAUCAGCGAAAAGGUUCCAAACUUUUUGAUGACUAUUGCCACAUUCUUCGGUUGCUAUCUAGUGGGAUUCUUGAUGCUAUGGAGGCUCACCAUUGUUGGAUUUCCCUUUAUUGUGCUUCUGGUAAUUCCUGGAUUAAUCUAUGGUAGGACUCUGAUGAGUUUAGCCAGGAAGAUAAGAGAAGAAUACAACAAAGCUGGAACAAUUGAGCAGGCAAUCUUUUCUGUGAGAACUGUUUAUUCAUUUGUAGGUGAAACCAAAACCAUCAAUGAAUUCUCCGCAGCCCUUCAGGGCUCUGUCAAACUGGGCCUAAAACAAGGAUUGGCUAAAGGGUUGGCAAUUGGAAGUAAUGGGAUUGUUUUUGGUAUUUGGUCUUUCAUGUCUUAUUAUGGCAGUAGAAUGGUCAUGUACCAUGGCGCUCAAGGAGGAACCGUUUUCGCCGUUGUUGCCGCCGUUGCCAUGGGUGGCCUAUCAUUAGGAGCUGGUUUAUCGAAUGUCAAGUACUUUUCAGAAGCAAUGUCAGCAGGAGAAAGAAUAAUGGAGGUGAUAAAGAGAGUCCCUAAGAUUGAUUCAGAUAACAUGGAAGGCCUAAUCCUGGAGAAUGUUUCAGGAGCAGUUGAGUUCAGGCAUGUGGAAUUUGCAUACCCAUCAAGGCCUGAAAGCAUAAUCCUAAAAGAUUUUAGCAUAAAAAUGCCAGCAGGAAAGACAGUGGCCUUAGUGGGAGGAAGUGGCUCAGGAAAAUCCACUGUAAUUUCACUACUACAAAGGUUUUAUGACCCACUUAGAGGUGAAAUCCUUGUCGAUGGAGUUGCUACUGAUAGGUUGCAACUCAAAUGGCUAAGGUCACAAAUGGGGUUGGUGAGCCAAGAGCCUGCACUAUUUGCAACAACAAUUAAAGAGAACAUACUUUUUGGCAAAGAAGAUGCCACCAUGGAAGAGGUUGUUGAAGCUGCCAAAGCAUCAAAUGCGCAUCAUUUUAUCUCUCAGUUGCCUCAGCUGUAUGAUACCCAGGUUGGAGAAAGAGGAGUUCAAAUGUCAGGAGGACAGAAGCAAAGAAUCGCCAUUGCACGAGCGAUAAUCAAAGCACCAAGAAUCCUUCUCUUAGACGAGGCAACAAGUGCACUAGAUUCUGAAUCCGAGCGUGUUGUUCAGGAAGCCUUAGACAAAGCAGCCGUUGGACGCACCACUAUCAUCAUUGCCCAUCGUCUCUCCACCAUCCGUAACGCCGACGUAAUCGCCGUCGUCCAAAAUGGCCAAGUCAUGGAAACCGGUUCGCACGACGAGCUCAUACAAGACGAAAAUGGUCUCUACACUUCACUUGUUCGUCUACAACAAACAGAAAAAGAACGAACAACAACGUCCCUCGAAGAGACGUUGCACGGCCUGUCUUCUAUAUCAAACUUGGACGGGAACAACACAAGUAGCCGUAGGCUUUCACUGGUUAGUCGGUCAAGUUCAGCAAAUUCUUUUGCAGCAAGUCGAAGCUCACUGGCUGGAGAUCAAAGAGACAGCAUUAAUGAAGAGGAUUUCAAUAAGUUGCCAGUCCCAUCAUUCAGAAGAUUGUUAGCAUUGAAUAUCCCAGAAUGGAAACAGGCCACCUUGGGAUGUUUGAGUGCAAUUAUGUUUGGUGCAGUGCAACCAGUUUAUGCCUUCGCAAUGGGGUCAAUGACAUCAGUUUACUUCUUGACGAAUCACGAGGAGAUCAAAGAGAAGACGAUGAUUUAUGCCUUGAUUUUCGCCGGUUUAGCUGUGUUGUCAUUGCUGAUUAAUUUAAGCCAACAUUACAGUUUCGCUUACAUGGGUGAGUACUUGACGAAAAGAAUUAGAGAAAGGAUGCUUACAAAAAUACUCACCUUCGAAGUCGGGUGGUUUGAUCAAGAUGAAAAUUCCAGUGGAGCCAUUUGCUCCCGACUAGCCAAAGAUGCCAAUGUGGUGAGGUCAUUGGUAGGUGAUCGAACGGCUCUAAUUGUGCAAACUGUGUCUGCUGUAACCAUAGCUUUUACCAUGGGCAUUGUCAUUGCUUGGAGGCUUGCCGUGGUGAUGAUAGCAGUGCAACCUCUCAUCAUUGUAUGCUUUUAUGCUAGGAGAGUUCUACUCAAAAACAUGUCACAAAAGGCCAUAAAAGCCCAAGAUGAAAGUGGCAAGCUUGCUGCUGAAGCAGUCUCUAACCUCAGGACAAUCACUGCCUUCUCCUCCCAAGAUCGGAUCUUGCAAAUGCUCGAAAAAUCCCAAGAAGCCCCACGACGUGAGAGCGUUCGACAGUCAUGGUACGCCGGUAUAGGCCUUGCCUUCUCCCAGAGCUUGACAUCAUGCACUUGGGCUCUUGAUUUCUGGUAUGGCGGGCAGCUCAUUGCUCAUGGCUACAUAUCUUCUAAAGCCCUUUUUGAGACGUUUAUGAUCUUAGUAAGCACGGGCCGUGUCAUUGCUGAUGCUGGUAGCAUGACCACGGACCUUGCCAAAGGCUCAAAUGCAGUUGGCUCAGUCUUUGCUGUGUUGGACAGAUAUACAAGAAUAGAGCCUGAGGACCCUGAAGGUUGCCAGCCUGAAAAAGUAACAGGCCACAUAGAACUUCAACAAGUACAUUUUGCAUACCCUGCUAGACCUGAUGUGAUGAUUUUCAAAGGCUUCUCUAUCAAAAUUGAAGCAGGAAAAUCAACUGCAUUAGUUGGACAAAGUGGGUCAGGUAAAUCUACAAUUAUUGGUUUAAUCGAACGAUUCUAUGAUCCUUUAAAAGGCAUGGUGAAAAUUGAUGGUAGGGAUAUAAGAUCCUAUCACCUCAGGUCCUUGAGAAGGCACAUUGCACUUGUGAGUCAGGAGCCCACUUUAUUUGCUGGAACUAUCAGAGAAAACAUCACCUACGGUGCAUGUGAUAAAACUGAAUCAGAAACCAUCGAGGCAGCUAAGGCAGCCAAUGCACAUGAUUUCAUUGCAGGCUUGAAUGAUGGAUAUGACACAUGGUGUGGAGACAGAGGAGUGCAAUUAUCAGGAGGCCAAAAACAACGCAUUGCCAUAGCUCGAGCCAUACUGAAAAAUCCAGCCAUUUUACUGCUAGAUGAAGCAACCAGUGCACUUGACAGUCAAUCUGAGAAAGUGGUGCAAGAUGCUCUUGAACGAGUGAUGGUGGGGAGAACCAGUGUGGUGGUGGCUCAUAGACUGAGCACCAUUCAAAACUGUGACCUGAUCGCUGUUUUAGACAAAGGACAUGUUGUGGAAAAGGGAACCCAUCAAUCCUUGUUGGCCAAAGGAACCCCAGGAGCUUACUACUCACUGGUGAGUCUCCAAAGAACCCUACCACAAUAAUUUUCACUCAAUAGUCAAUUAGAUUCUGGUUAUUGGGUGUAGUUAGGAUUAUGUUUUUCUUCCUGGGUAGUCAUCAAAUUGCAGAAGAUGACACUUUUAUAUUAUAACCACUCUUGGAUAUAUAUGCGUAAACGUAUAUCUACCAAGACUUGAAACCAAUUGAUGCACUUUAAGCUC